UCGUCGAUACUCUGUAAUACAAAAUAUAGAAUAUCCAUUCUCUGCGUAUUCAUAGGUCCUCUUAGAUUCCUUCACCAAAUCACCUAUUCCAUAUUAAUCAAUCCAAAACAACCCCCCCAUUUUUUUUUUGCAGUAACUUAUUCAGUGCUACAUCAUGUCUUCUUCUUUGUCCAUAAACCCUCAUCUCUCUUCUCAUCCUUUAUUUGUAUACCCUUCAAGUUCAAGCAAUUCUUGUUCUUCUUCUAAUUUAAUCCUUCCCAAUUCUAUUAAAGUUUUGCCCUUCUCUUCAUUUUCAAAAACACCCAUUAGCUUGAAUUGCAAAAAAAGAUGCUUUUCUCAGUCACUGAGAUUGAAAACUGAGAGAAAAAGAAGGGUAACUGUUGUUAAAGCAAGUGAAUUGAGUGUUGCAGAGGUGAAAGAAGAUGAUGGAGAAGAUGAAAAUCCUCCUUUGAUUGAUUCUGAAAACAAUUCAAAGCCACGUCGUAUUGCACUUUUUGUCGAGCCUUCUCCUUUCUCGUAUGUAUCAGGGUAUAAAAACAGGUUCCAGAAUUUUAUAAAAUAUUUAAGGGAAAUGGGAGAUGAGGUAAUGGUUGUAACAACACAUGAAGGGGUCCCGACGGAGUUCUACGGAGCAAAGUUGAUUGGAUCAAGAAGUUUCCCGUGCCCUUGGUACCAGAAAGUGCCUCUUUCCUUGGCACUCAGUCCAAGAAUAAUUUCAGAAGUUGCACGGUUUAAGCCUGAUAUAAUACACGCAUCUUCACCCGGGAUCAUGGUGUUCGGUGCUCUCAUUAUAGCAAAACUACUAUGUGUACCCAUAGUAAUGUCUUACCACACCCACGUUCCAGUGUAUAUCCCGAGGUACACUUUUAGUUGGUUGGUGAAACCUAUGUGGUUGGUAUUAAAAUUUCUUCAUAGAGCAGCCGAUCUUACACUGGUUCCAUCAGUUGCAAUUGCAAAGGAUCUCCGAGCAGCUAGGGUAACUGCUGCUAAUAAGAUUCGGCUUUGGAACAAGGGUGUUGAUUCCGAAAGCUUCCACCCUCGAUAUCGUUCUCAUGAAAUGCGGUUAAGACUAAGCAAUGGUGAACCGGAGAGACCAUUGAUAAUUCAUGUCGGGCGUCUUGGAGUCGAGAAGAGUUUGGAUUUCCUCAAAAGUGUCAUGGAUAGACUUCCCGAAGCUAGAAUUGCUUUUAUUGGUGAUGGACCGUACAGGGAAGAUCUUGAGAAGUUGUUUUCAGGCAUGCCAGUGGUUUUUACCGGAACGUUACAAGGCGAAGAGCUCUCUCAAGCAUAUGCAAGUGGGGAUGUAUUUGUCAUGCCCUCAGAAUCCGAGACACUUGGACUUGUUGUUUUGGAGGCUAUGUCUUCAGGAAUCCCAGUGGUGGGUGCUCGUGCAGGGGGGGUCCCUGAUAUAAUUCCGGCGGACCAGGAAGGCAAAACCGGUUUUCUCUUUAACCCCGGAGAUCUCGAUGAUUGCUUGAGCAAACUGAAGCCAUUGUUACAAAAUAAGGAGAUGAGAGAAACCAUUGGCAAAGCUGCACGUCAAGAAAUGGAAAAGUACGAUUGGAGAGCAGCGACUAAGAAGAUACGGAACGAACAGUACAACGCCGCUAUUUGGUUUUGGCGGAAGAAGAGAGCACAACUACUGAGACCUCUACAAUGGCUAGCAAAACGAGUUUUCCCCUCCCCGAAAAUCAGCCAUAGGUGAUGAGAAUCUAUUCUUACAUAAGUUUGCUUGGUAGAAAAGAAAUGAAAAUAGCAAAUUUCUAGGGAUUGUCAACUUAUUAUUGGCUUUCAGAGAGGCUCUUCUAUGGGAUAUGCAUGAUUGAUUCUUUUGCAGUAAUGUUUACUUUGUUGUGUAUAUUUAUGUACUUCUAAUGAUAAUGCUUAGAAAUAAGCACAUAUUGGUAACUGGA